AUGUCACUCAGGAGGUGCGUGGAGGAUUGCCUCGGCGUCUCGGUGUUCUGCCUCCAUGCGCUCCAGAACGGAGUCAGACUCAGCGACCCGCCGUGCCAAGAGCUUUGCCGAGUCGCGGACAACCCUCAGUCCGUAGCAUCUCUAUUCGCAAGCCUUCGAAAGUGCGGGCUCAAUCUUGUUCCUGUGCCUGCUGACAGUCGUUCUCUCGGUAUCGACCAGAAAGAUGCUGAAAUCGAGCGGCAGGCCUGUCGCGAACUUGGAUUCGUAGCCUCUUUCGUCGAUUUCGCUGCGGUUUCAGGAAGUGCGACCAGCGGCGCAGACGAGGUAGGCGUGAGAAUUAGGGAGAACCCUUGGUGCGAGGAACUCGAUCCAGACAGCUGUGAGCUGGAACCCGAAUUCGAGACAGUCGUAUUCCGCCAAGGACAGUGCAAAUACCUCCAGAAUCGCACACAAGCUAUUCCACUUGCAGACAACUGCGGCGGUGCCGCGAACCAGGCUUCUACAGUGGCGCACGCAACCCUGUUUCAGUGCCUCAUGACCCGAACGCAUUCUGAGAAAGCACGCCAGAGGCUCUCUAAGGCGUCCUCCCCCGAACUCGCUCGGAACGUGUUCGAGUUCCUCGUUCUGUCCAAAGUGCUUUCCUUUACAGUUGUCGAACGAUAG